AGGAGGAGGCGCCGUAAAGAGUGGAGGGGAAAGAGAUCUGCAGCAGUGCCCAUCACGGCUUAUUGUCCCUCGCCACGCACGGAGCACGGAGGCACGCCCUGGUCCUGCGGGAGGGGCGGCUGGCUGGACGGUGGUGGUGCUGUGGGCGAGGAAAUAUGUACAAGAUAAGUGGAAAUGAGGAAGAGGCGAGAGGAAGACCAAACACUUCACAGUUAUAGGGACGUUCGUCGUUAUCGUCAUCACCGCCUGUAGCUUUGAGCGGUCUUGUGUGCGGUGUCAAUAAAAUACUGGUGUGUUGAUUGGAAAUUUUGAAGAUAAGGUCAGUUUGGGCGUGGGGUGGCCGAAGCAGAGUAAUGCCAGAAAGCAGAGAGAGAAUUAAUAUGCAUGCCUCCGUCGACCCGCUCCUUGAUGUGCAAUGUUUAUCCCGGAGGUAUGUACUUGAGUGCGUGUGUGAAGGAUCCAGCAACACCCGCAUUCCUUCUCCCACGGAAAGCAAGACGCGCCUCGGAUCAAAUUGCGUACGUGUUGAGCGUGGGUCGCCUGCUCUCCUCAGGUGCUACUACGCGCGUAUAUGUGAGUGAGGGAGCCGCGGCAGACAGCAGGAAGUAGGUGUUUACAAGCAGGAAGUGAAGCGGAGAGGUGAGCUAACCAUCACACCCUCGCUCUGCCUCUGCCUCGCUUGCCACACACUUGGCUUAGGCAGGAAGUCUCGUGCUGGCGGUGGUGAGACCCCCAGGAAUUUAUGUCAUCCAUACUUUUAUUUCAUUUGUAAGAGGGGGAAGGUGUUUCCUCUUUAUUUUAUGUCUGUGUAUGUUUAGCGGAACGGUUUAUCAAGGGCAACAUUGAACUAUACUAGGUAAUUCAGGAAUCUAGGAAAUCACUGAUCUUGGUUUAAUUAUGGGGCAGUGGUUGCUGAAGUAUUCAUCAUCACUAUGGGUUGUAAGAAAAUUUAGUAGAUUUUAUUAGUCACUACGUGACUACGGUGUCACUCUUGUGUUUCGGAUUAACGUUUGUUCAUUUAACUCAGUGAGCGCUGCAGCAAGGCUGUUUCUGGUGUGUGUCCCUUCAACUGUAUCUUGAUGCUGUCAAAGUUUUAUUGGAAACGGAUUCAGUUUUGUGUGUAAUGAAGGUUUAGUCUCAUUACUUGUUAAGCUUUAAAGGUGACGAAGUCAUUUUAAAGCUAACAGUCGUGGCGCAGCGCCGGUGAGGACAGUGACUGGUCGUGCCGCUGCGGGUGUGGCACCACCGUGCCCUCCCCGAUAGGCACAGGCAGUACUGCUGUGCCAUAUCUUUGUCAGAACUAUUUCUGAAGUUCAGGAAGUCAGGAAGAUAAAACACCCCAUUUCACGGUGGUGUUCAGCAAUGUGAGCCGCGCUGGUCCCUGCCCGUCAAUACCUGCCUGCAACACGCUCCCUGAGGGACUGAGGGACUGACACGAACGUCACUGGCUCUCUAAAGUGUACAGUGUACUACGUGUGGCAGGGACACUGUCGCGUCUACAAUGUAUUGGUUGUUAUCUUUGUCUCCAAGGUGCGUCUCUCAUAGUCCUUCACGCAUAGUAUGUCAUUUUUAUUUAUACUUGUGUUACCUAAGACGCAUACAUUGUAGUGAGUAAUGAAUAGUAAUCCUCGAUGUGUAGCGUUUGUAGUUGUACGAGGCCUCGCGUGUCAUCCUGUUGGCCUGCUCUCCUGUGUUUCGCCAACGCAAACAGCCCAGCAUUUGCCGUAGCAGUGACGGCAAACACCCAUAGUAAAAGAAAGAAAAAUAACAUGUUCCUCUAAAAGUUUGUCGAUCAGUAGCGGCAGCAGCAAUCCACGGUUACCAGGACAAGAAGCGGCGGCAACACUGUCUCCCUCUCCGCUGAAAUGUUACACAAAAGCACGUCUCCUAGCAGUGAUUUUUCUUUUGUAAUAUUAAUUAAUGUAGCAAUCAAAUCUAGUACGAGUUACGUAGCGAAGUAAAAAUCUGUAUUAUUGCAAGGAAAAUGGACACGGUGAGGGUGCUCUUCAGCCCUCACCGUCAGUGGCCAGCCAACCAUUUGCAGUGCGGUGGGCGCUCACCUGGCGAGGCAGCGCAGUCCCGGUGAGUGGCUACGCUGAGGCUUGCAUAAAAGUCCACACCUGUCCACCAGCGGCUUUGUGUGAUGGAGUUUGCUGAACGUAGAGGCGGCUACGUUUCAUGCACCGUUCGGUAAAUGCAGAUGUGGCUUACAGCGGCGGCCAUUGAAGAGAUUUUCUUUCCCCUCUUUUGAGUAUGUCCACCGGCGCCAGCGUCAUUGCGCCCAUGAUUGCCAUUCAAAUUAAUCUAAGCUUUAAUAUCUAGCAUUGACCGGAUCUCGACGUAAUUACUUGUUUUGAUGGCGAACACACACACACACACACACACACACACACACACACACACACACACACACACACACACACACACACACACACACACACACACACACACACACACACACACACACACACACUCGUUCCCGACCUUUUUUUUUUUUUUUUUCCUUUCUUUUUAACUGGAGGGUCCUUGCUGCGGGGUUGAACGGCAGCUGAACGACAUAGAUGAAUCACGCACACGGCCACUCGUCCUGCUAAAACCAGUGAUGGAAUUAAGCCACUUUUUUUUCAUCAGCUUACGUAGAGAGCAAGUACUUAACUGCUUGCGUGCUUUUCUCUCCGUUUCCUUCAUACCAUUCCCUCUCUCCAUCCCAUCAUCUCUCUUGACCUCCCCUCCCGCCCAUCACUCCCUUCCCCCUCACCUUCCCUCUCCGCCAUAAAUACGAUAGGACAGGCCGGCAAUCUGACCACUGGAAUAUAUCACUCUCGCCGCGCCGUGUGAAAAGCGGCUCACCUCCUCUCGUGGUGUAUCCAUUUUUAAUCGAAAUGAAAUUGCCUUCAAGUUCCCCCUCCCCUCACACACCUGCACCCGCACUCACCGCGCACCUGCUCUUGCACACCUGUCCACCUGCAUCCAUCCCCCCUCACACACACACACACACACACACACACACACACACACGCAUUGGUAUUCUUCCUAGAUGAAAUAUUAGAAAUAAAAUUAUUAGCGGGGAUCAGGUGUGAAAAUGUUAUUCAUCUUUUUGCCCUGAGAUAUAGAUUAUUGUUUGCUGCGCGUGAUAGAUACGGAGGAGUAAGACAAGGGGAGAAAUCAUAUACUGUUUGUCUGUGUGUGUGUGUGUGUGUGUGUGGGUUGGUGGGUGGGUGGGUAAUGUGUGCGUGUGUGUGUGUGGAUGUGUUGGUGUGUGAUUUCAGUCCGAUGUAACAUUUCAUUGAGUCAGCUACGCCGCAUGACAGCUCUCAGAUUACUGUCAGUGGGGAUCCAGUAGAUGUCACUGCUCGUAAGGAACCAACGCUGCGUUUGAAAUGCCGCGGAUAAAUUCUUGAUGCGUUAUUGCCUGAAUGCAGUGCUGCUACACUUCCCUCUGAACCUUUUUAGACGUUAAUCUUAGCGUCAAUCUCUGAUAGCAAGAAAUCUUUUGAACGAGAAAGUGAGCAAAACUAUAUUAGCCAUUAAAGAUGAUGGUAGUGAAGGCUACGUCGGCAGUACAGCACAUCACACCACACCUCACAACACCGCACAAUACCACAGCACAGCACAGCACAGCACAGCAGGCGGAGCGAGGCCACAGCUCCAGGCGGGCGAGCGGGCAAGGGCGGGACGUUCUUUAUGAAAAUUGUUAUCACUUCCUGUAAAGUUUUGCAAAUAUCUUUUUUAGUAUUAUUGCUCCGCCCGAUGCAAUUCCCAUGAGUCUUGGUGCAUUGCGGCGCCGUGCACUGCUGGGGCGACACGUGCACCACACCUGCCGGGGUUGUGUGGGACAGGUAUGGGAGAGAGAGACACACACACACACAUACGCUUACGCACACCUCGGCUCCUUGUGCCAUUGUGCAUGUGGGUGGGCGUGCGUACAUUCAUGCGUGCGUGUUUUUCCUCAGUGUGGGCGCCUUUCAGUGGUUUGGGAAUGAAAGAAGCAUAACACCAACAGAUCUCCUGGAAAUUAUAAACAAUAGCAAAAAUGGGAGAAAAAGAGAACAGACACAGUUUAUCAGAGAGAGAGAGAGAGAGAGAGAGAGAGAGAGAGAGAGAGAGAGAGAGAGAGAGAGAGAGAGAGAGAGAGAGAAGCGCUGGGAUAAGGAAACACACGGAGCGGAAACCAUCUUCACGCCAGAUAGCUUUCCUAUUUUGUU